AUGACGAGCUCGGCCCCGGACGCUAACGCCGGCAGCCCACGCAGCCCACAACGUCUGACACUAGAGGAGAAAGUGUGGUUCGACCGGCGACGCAAUGACAUAAAGUACUGCUCGAGUGUUGGCGGUGCUCUGGGCGCCGCUGUCGCCACCGCCGUUAUCACGUUCGGCCCGUUUCCGCGACGCGUUCAAUUCUUCGCCAUUGCCGGGGGAGUCGUCAUCGGCGGGGGCGCGGGUUAUCUCUAUGGAGACAGCAGGGCACUCGAGCGAGUGAAAGACUUGAGUGCCAGCAGCAACUUGCGCAAACAAUACCAGCACAUUGAGAUGGAGAAAAAGGCCGCCAAGACUUCCAAGUGA